AUGCUUGUAUUUGGAAAUGUUAUUAAUACAUUUACUGAUCAUUCAUUUGGCUUAUGUAUAUUGAAUUUAACAAAUAUAUCUUUUCAAUAUUGUCCAUCAGAUGUACAAUUAACAUCAACAAUUUUUUAUACAUCAUCAUCAUUAUGUAACUUAACUGAUUUAAAUAUAACAAACUCAAUAAAUUUCAAAGAACAAAUUCGAAAACAAUCUUUAUGUAUGGUAGUCUUAGGUAGUUGUAUGCUUUUAAUUGGUUAUCUUCAAAUAUCAUUUUCAAAUAUAGCAGCCGAAAGACAAACACGAAUUAUUCGACAGAAAUUAUUUCGAUCAAUUGUUAAUAAACAAAUAAUUUAUUUUGACAUGAAUAAAACUGGUCAAUUAAGUAUAAGAUUAACAGAUGAUAUUAAUAAAAGUCAUGAUGGUAUUGGUGAUAAACUUGCAUUAGCAGCACGAUUUAUUGCUUCAUUUAUUUCUGGCCUUGCUCUUAGCUGAUAUAAACAAUAUUUAAAUGAAGUAAAAGAACGUGGAAUAAGAAAAAGUGCAGCUUAUGGUUUGAGUAUAGAUGUUUUGCAGCUCAUUCUCUAUUGCUCAUAUACAUUAGGUAUAUUAUUUACGAUUAAACUUGAAAAAAAUUUAUUUAUCUAUUUAAAAAAAGGUUAUUGGCAUAGAUCAGAAUUAAUUCAACUUGGAGAAUAUGAUAUUGGAAAAGUUAUGAUUGUAUUUAUGACAAUAUUAGUAUCUCUUUUUGAUUUGGGACAAGCUAAAAGUGUUGCAUCAUUUGUAUGGAAUAUUAUUGAUGAACCGUCAACAAUUGAUAGUGAAACAAUUGUAUUAAUUGGUUCAUCUGGUUCAGGUAAAUCAACAUGUAUUCAAUUAUUACAAAGAUUUUAUGCUUUGAAUUCUGGUUCAAUACUAAUUGAUGAUAAUGUAAUAAAUAAAUAUAAUUUAAAAUGGUUAAGACAAAAUCUUGGUGUUGUUAGUCAAGAACCAAUUUUAUUUCCAACAACAAUUCGUGAAAAUAUUUUAUUAGGUUUUGAUAAAGUAACCGAUGAAGAAAUUUAUCAAGCAGCUAAAAUGGCGAAUGCACAUGAAUUUAUUAUGAAUUUACCACAACUGAUUUAUUUUAUUAUUUUGAUAUUUAGCUACUAG